AUGGCUCCCCUCAUCACCCACAUCUACACAGCUGACCCCUCCGCCCACGUCUUCGAAGGCAAGAUCUACAUCUACCCCUCGCACGACCGCGAGACCGACAUCCAGUUCAACGACAAUGGCGACCAGUACGACAUGGUCGACUACCACGUCUUUAGCACUGAGUCCCUCGACCCGGCUGCCCCCGUGACUGAUCACGGCGUGGUCCUCAAGAUGGAGGACAUCCCGUGGGUCUCCAAGCAGCUUUGGGCCCCUGAUGCCGCCUUUAAGAACGGCAAGUACUAUCUGUACUUCCCGGCCCGCGACAAGCAGGGUAUCUUCCGAAUUGGUGUGGCCGUCAGCGACCGUCCGGAGGGUCCCUUCACUCCUGACCCGGAGCCGAUCAAGGGCAGCUACAGCAUCGAUCCAGCCGUUUUCGUCGACGAUGACGGCGAGGCCUACAUGUACUUCGGCGGUCUGUGGGGCGGCCAGCUGCAGUGCUAUCAGAAGGGCAACAACAUCUUUGACGCGGAGUGGCAGGGGCCGAAGGAGCCGUCGGGAGAGGGCGUGUACGCUCUGGGCCCGCGCGUGGCCAAGCUGACGGACGACAUGCGGCAGUUCGCUGAGGAUGUGCGCGAAAUCGUGAUCCUCGCACCCGAGACGGGGAAGCCCAUCGCCGCUGACGACCAUGACCGCCGCUUCUUCGAGGCCUCGUGGAUGCACAAGUACAACGGGAAGUACUACUUUAGUUACUCGACCGGCGAUACCCAUUAUCUGUGCUAUGCCGUUGGCGACAGCCCGUAUGGACCCUUCACCUACGGUGGCCGCAUCCUGGAGCCGGUGCUCGGCUGGACCACGCAUCACUCCAUCGUCGAAUUCCAGGGCCGUUGGUGGCUGUUCCAUCACGACUGCGAGCUCAGCAAGGGUGUUGACCACCUGCGCUCUGUCAAGGUCAAGGAGAUCUUCUAUGAUUCAGAGGGCAGAAUCCUCACUGAGAAGCCUGAGUAA